AUGCACGUUUUAUCUUACUUGCAGAACAAGGGUUCAAGUGAUCGGCGUAGAUGGAGCUUCCGUAAGAGAUCUGCUAGGCAUCGGGUCUUGAGCAACACUGUUGGUUCAGAAGCACCUUCAUCUGUGAACAAGGAGAACCCAGAAUCUCCAGCCGUCAACUUUUCUGCGCAUGCCGACUUCACUGCUCCAGAGAAACCCUCGGUUAUUCAGUUGACUGAAGAAAAGGCCGAGUUGCCCACUCAACUGGGCUCAAAGUUAUCGGAAACCCAAUCCGAAGUUGAAGAUGACUGCAAAAAAAAUACAACCCUUGAUGAGCCAAGUAUUAUCAUAAUCCAGGCUGCCAUCAGGAGGCUGCUGUCUCAGCGGGUGCUACUGAAACAGAAGAACAUAAUUAAGCUGCAAGCUGCUGUGAGAGGGCAUAUAGUCCGGAGGCAUGCUGUUGGAACUCUCCGGUGUGUUCAAGCUAUCAUCAAGAUGCAAGCUCUUGUUAGAGCACGACAUGCUGGUCGGCUGGACAAUAAUGACCCAACCAUCUUGGGGAAGAAAGAAGCCAAACCAAACACCAGAUACACUUAUGUUUCCAUUGAGAAGCUACUCUCUAAUGCUUUUGCUCGUCAGCUUAUGGAGUCAACCCCAAGGAACAAACCCAUCAACAUCAAAUGUGACCCCUCAAAAUCUGACUCUGCCUGGAAAUGGCUCGAAAGAUGGAUGUCUGCCUCAUCGGUGAGCAGCACAGGAUCACCUGAAUCUGAAUCAACCGAGGAAAAGCGUGAGGACAAUCUUGAACUUUCUGAUGGCCAAGUAGACAUUGUAACUCCAAGUUACUGUUAUGCUGAGUUAAAAGACCCGAAUUCUACUUUGGUUGCAUCGGCUGUAUCCUCUGAGACUCAGGAAAAUGUCAUCAGUCGUGACUUGACCAGCUUGGCUCUCCACUCUGCCGAAUCUAUGUCGCCUGCAUCCAACCUCUCUAAUCUGCAUGAAGUUGAUCAACUGAACUCGACAACUGAUGGAACAGAAUCUGCUCUCCUCGAGAUUAGAGAGAAAGAUUUCAUUGAGGUGGUUGAGGUGAAAUCUCUUCCCCAAAAGGACGAAAAUACGUUAGAGGAGCAAAUAGAAGCCGGGGCGAAAAAGCUGUCGAGGAAGGCAAGCAAUCCUGCCUUUGUUGCAGCUCAGUCAAAGUUCGAAGCACUGACUUCCGCAAAAUUAGCCCCUUCAUCUACCCACGAUCUUGAAUUCGAAACUGGACUUGACAAGGGCAGGUUUUCCCUCUCAACCGAUCAAACACCCAAAUCCACGGGCAACAAGGUACUGGACAAUGCCGCUGUAUCUGCUGCCACAUCAACGGUCCUGAUCGCCUCUGAAUGUGGGACUGAACUAUCUAUUUCUUCUACACUCGAUUCACCAGACAGGUCGGAGGCUGGGGCCAACGAGAUCGAACAGGAAAUGAAACCUUCGGACGACACCAAGCAUUUUAAGACUGAAGAGAAUACUGAAAUUGAAGCAGAUGGGAAAACGCCAACUGCACCGGAAACUGACUCAUUUACCUACACAAUGGGUUCAAAAAUAUACGAAAGUGUUGACUCAGCUGCUGUCGGGUCCCGUGAUUACACAAAUGCUGAAGACUUCCCGAGUGUAGAGAAAAAGCAAGAAGCUAAGACAACUGACAUACAGCUGGAGGUCGAGUCUGAUGCUUCGCCAAGAAGCCAUAUAACCGUCCCAGAAUCCCAAGCAACUCCUGGUAGCCAGGUGUCUGUCAAACCCAAGAAGCGCAAGGGUGAGAAAAGUGAUUCUUCCAGUCGUAAGAACAGGUCCUCAUCUGCGGAUAAGAACCGCAACAAAGAAUCUGUAUCAAGAACUGGCUUGGAGCAGCUACAGGAGCCCAAAGCAGCUGGAAAGAGGCGAAACUCGUUCGGGUCGGGCAGUAAGCCUGACCACAAGGAGCAGGAGCCGAGAGAUAGCAGUAGCAGUAACUUUCUGCCAAGUUACAUGCAGGCGACUGAGUCCGCGAAGGCUAAGGCUAUUGCUAAUGGGUCCCCGAGAUCAAGCCCGGAUGUGCAUGAUAAGGAUAUUUACAUAAAAAAGAGGCAUUCUUUACCCGGUACGAAUGAGAGGCAAGGAUCACCUCGCAUUCAGCGGUCUCUGUCUCAGGCACAGCAGAACACAAAGGGAACUGCAACAAUACAUUCUCCUCAAGACAGGAAAUGGCGGAGGUGA